AUGUCUACACCCAAUGAAAUCACAGAUUAUGAAGAAAAUCAAGGCCAAACACGUGGCCCACGGAGCUCAGAAAUCUCGUGGCGGGGAGCUGCAGCUGUGCCAAUCCGCGGGGCUGGACCAGCUGCCUCUUAUUAUAUUAGUGCUGAAUGGACUCGGAGGCCGAGAGGAUUUCUCUCCUUAGCGGAGCAGAAGGAUGGAGUUAUGCUGUUGUACUGGGUACAGGUAGAGAACGAGAAAGCUCCUUUAUGUAACAUCACCGAAGAGGCCAAGAGUGUGUCCACACCAGCUGAGUUCUCUCUACAAUCACUUAUAAUCGAUGCAUUUCAUGGUCAUGGAUUUGACAAAAUCAAAGAAUAUUUGCAGCAAAAAGAGAACUCUCAUCAAAAAUACAACAAAUUCCUAUUAAUCUAUCUUGACAGAUUGAUAAAUAAGGAGUUGGACAAGAAUGAAUUCCAGUAUGUUUCCUUGCUGCUGAAUUGUAUUCAGAGGUUCUUCACAGAGAAUAGGAAAGAAGAUGAGCAAUUAUUAAUUCAACAAGGAUUGAUCCCAAAAAUGGUUUCCUGGUUUGAAAGAACUAUCGAAUUUCUGAACACUGGAGGACUAACUACAACCAUAUCCUUGGUUCAAGUUUUAGAAGACUUUUUUAACACUGCCUUGGUAAUUUCCAAAUGCAGUCAUAAGGGAAAAAUCCAGCUGUUGGACUCAUUCUUAUUUAACUUAGGACUUCUGAUAGCAGACAAGACUAUUAAUUAUUUGAUUCGACAGGAGGGUCUAAGGACGUUGAACUCCAUCUUGGAAAAAAUGCCUCAGGUAGAAAGAGAGAAAUUUCCUUUAUCAGAUGACAAGUGCUUUCUUAUGAAAGGCCUUGCAAAGGCAAUUCCAGAAACAGGUGAUUAUGACCUGCAAGCUGCUCUUUCUGAAGCCUUGUGCAGGAUGGUGAGCAAAAAGUCACGAGCUGACCUUGCCUAUAGAUGGUUCGAAGAUGACAUUAUUGCUUCAGCUUUCAAAGAGAUACGGGACAGAGAAUUUGAGACGGACAGUAGAAAAUUUCUUAAUUGCCUAAAUGAUAGGCUUGGCGAUAAAAGAAGGGUUUGUACAUUUCCAUGUGUUGCUGUCUUUGUUGAUGGAUAUGAGCUGAAAAAACCACAUGAUGAAAAUCUGGAGAAAUUUUGGAUUGAUUUUAAUAUAGAAAGCAAGAGCAUAACUUUCUAUAUAGAUAAUACUGAGGGUCUCCUGUGGGAUUCAGUAAGACUUCUAAAAGAAGCAAUUGGAGGUUUCAGUAUAAAAGAAGCUGAAAAAAAGAUACUUGUCAUUUACAUGAGGAAAUCUCUUCUUUUCAAUAACAAAGAAGUGAAGAAAAUAGAAAUACAUUUUGAUUUACAAACCAACAUACUAACGACGUGCAUGAAAGUUUUUGGAAAAGACAAAUACCUGUCAAACCCUGAUGAGACAAAAAAGGAAGAACCACCAGAAAUGUUUGAGAGUUUUGAGGAAGAAGACACAAUAGAGAUUCUCUCCUGCCAUGAGGAAAAAUCAGCACAAGAACCCACGUGCCAGAAAGAAUCUGUGAAUGAUGGUAAAACUGAUUCUCUUCAUGAACCUUCUCAAUUAGCUGAACAGUCUGAGACAACAAAAAGUGUUGUAAGUAAUACUUCAGCUAACUUCUUGGAACUGGAAAGCCCAAAUCAAGAAGUAAUUGCUUCAAAAUGGAACUCUUUAGAUGGCCUGAAAGAAAUGGAUAAAAUUCUGGUUCCUAAGUUAAAUGAGGAGCCCAGCUGUAGCAAUUCUUUUGUGUCUUUGACUACUCAAACAUUCCAGGAGGAUCUGUUGAAGGUUGAUGGCUUAGAGAAGGGAAGAAAAGGAACAAUUUCAAGCAAGAACAUUCCUGAAACAAAAGAGAAUCCUUAUGACUUUGGAAACUCUUCCGAUACUAUGUACUCUCAAGUGGUUGUUGAAGCAAAGCAGAGGAUUUUCAGUCACAAAAAGUCAUCCUUGAAAAAGAGGGACAGCUCUACUUUAAGCAGUUACAAAAGCCAAGGAAAAAGAAAAUUGUUUGAUGAUCUUAGGAAACACCUAUUUUCUGAAAGUAAUUAUGAAAGCAGCAGUAGUAUGAGUGGAAGUUCUUGGAUCAAUAGCCAAAAGGAAAACAAAUUAAAAACAUAUUCUAAGCAGAAGAAGCCAAGAGUUAGAAGAAAAUUAAGAGUUUUGCCAUUGUUAUCUUCAAGUAGUAGCAGUGAUCACCAAAAUGCUACACCAGUAUGGAAGAGGACCUCAAGGCAAAACAAAGAAAAAAAUCCAGACUUUCCUGUGGUAACAUUCCAAAGUAGCACAGCCUUCCUAACACCUGAAGAUUCUACCAAGAAGCAGCCCUUCCAGAGUGUAUCCCCAUUAGAAGAUACAUCCUCCCCAGAGCACUCAGAGGUCACAGAUAAUUUAACAAAGUCUGCAUCUCCCAAAUCUUCGAUGAAAAGUGCCAACCUUAAGCGAAAACUCCAAAAUGUGGAAGCCUCAGAUUCAUAUGAUAGUACUUUGUUAAAGCUGAAACAAUCAAAAUUAGAAGAAGACAACACAUCAUUUCCCCCGGUUGCCUUAAUGCCUGGAGAAAACCCAUUUUGUUCAGCCUUACAGGUCUUACCAGACAGUCUAGGAGAGUCUGCUGUCAUCUUUACCCUUGAAAACUACACUAAACAAUUGAAGAAAAAGUUUGAGUCUAGGAACAAGAAAAAGGAUAUUUGUUCCAGAAAUGCUAUGAAAGCAUCUGAGAAGUUAGCCAUGCUUUUAAACCAGAUACAUCAAUGUAGGCUAGAUAAGCUAGAACAGUUUCAUAAGAGUGUUCUUCAAGAAUUGGACAACUUUAAGAAGGAUGUUCAGGCUCUGAAAGAUCUGGAGAAGGAAGUGUUGGACUUUUGGAAGGAACAGUUCACCAAACUAAAUUCAUUCUGUGACCUACAAAUGCAGAGUCUAAACCACCUGAGGAAAAGAUGAAUGAAGAUGACUUGCUCACUCACUUACCUUUAACUAAAUAAAUGAUGCAC